ACAGUCUCGGACGGAGACUCGGCCAACUGAUCAGCGAGUUGUUCGCGAGUGAGGAUGGUAAUGGCCUUGUACUCGUUACCAUCGGUAAGAGAGUUGAGUGUGCGGUGUUUGGUCUGUAUAUUCAUCUAUGGACUUACAAUUACGUGGGCAACUGGAUAUUACUUUACAGAUAUAAACUUGAUUACAUCGCAGUUGGAGGACAAACAAUUCCAUAUCAACUCUUCACUAAAGGCCAGCUGGGCCGAUGCUCUCAGAGUCUGCAAGUCACUGGGCAUGAAACUAGCUGCGAUCAACAGUAAGCAGGAACAAAUACUUUUGGAAAAAUUCAUGGAUCGAAAAGUUCCUGGGGAAUUCGUAUGGACAUCAGGGCGAGCUCAUAAACACAAGGGUAAGGACAAAGAUAGCCAUAGACACCGCUGCAACCGCUGCAGUACACAUGGCAUCUACUGGAAGUCGACCGGAGCCAGAGUGUGUUACUCCAACUGGGACACAGAUGAGCCGGAUGUGUUCGGUGAAUACCGCUGUCUGGCAGUCAAUGACGUAUUUAAGUGGUGGAUCGGCAAGUGUUCCGACAAGAUGCAUUUUGUUUAUAUAAACCUGAUGACAUCGCAGUUGGAAGACAAACAGUUCCAUAUCAACUCUUCACUACAGGCCAGCUGGGCCGAUGCUAUCAGAGCCUGCAAGUCACUGGGCAUGAAACUUGCUGCUAUCAACAGUAAGCAGGAACAAACACUUUUGGAAAAAGUCAUGGAUCAAAAAGUUCCCGGGGAAUUCGUAUGGACAUCAGGGCGAGCUCAUAAACACAAGGGCAAGGACAAAGAUAGCCAUAGACAACUCUGCAGCCGCCGCAGCACACAUGACAUCUACUGGAAGUCGACCGGAGCAAGAGUGUGUUACUCCAACUGGGACACAGACGAGCCGGAUGUGUUCGGCGAAUACCGCUGUCUGGCAGUCAUUGACGUAUUUAAGUGGUGGAUCGGCAAGUGUUCCGACAAGAUGCAUUUUGUUUAUAUAAACCUGAUGACAUCGCAGUUGGAAGACAAACCGUUCCAUAUCAACUCUUCACUAGAGCUAAUAAUAAUUCAAGCCAGCUGGGCCGAUGCUUUCAGAGCCUGCAAGUCACUGGGCAUGAAACUUGCUGCUAUCAACAGUAAGCAGGAACAAACACUUUUGGAAAAGGUCAUGGAUCAAAAAGUUCCCGGGGAAUUCGUAAGGACAUCAGGGCGAGCUCAUAAACACAAGGGCAAGGACAAAGAUAGCCAUAGACAACUCUGCAGCCGCCGCAGCACACAUGACAUCUACUGGAAGUCGAUCGGAGCAAGAGUGUGUUACUCCAACUGGGACACAGACGAGCCGGAUGUGUUCGGCGAAUACCGCUGUCUGGCAGUCAAUGACGUAUUUAAAUGGUGGAUUGGCGAGUGUUCCGACAAGAUGCAUUUUGUUUCUGUUAAACUUGCUCUGAGGGAGUGCUCCAGACCCCAGCUUGACUGGGAAGUGCGGAAGAUUCCCCAACUGCUUGGUGUUUGUCGGAACCCACACCCCCAUUUGGUCUUGCUAGAUACGCCUAUACUUGUGAUUUAG